AUGGGGCUGAAGCAGGAGUGUGUGUCCAGGGAAGUGAAUCCCCAGGUGUUCUUCUGCUGCUGUGAGGGGAACUACUGCAACGAGGGGUUCACACACCUUCCUGACCUCAUCGCCGCUGGCAACAGGGUGAAAAUCCGUCCCCCUCCCAGAGUGCCGUCUCUGUUGAAUAUCCUGGUGUACAGUCUGCUAGCUCUGUGUGUUCUGUCGCUGACCCUGCUACUGGCUCUGUGGAUGUACCGACACCGAAAAUCACCCUACGGACAUGUUGACAUCAGUGAGGACCCCGGGCAAACCCCUCCCUCUCCCAUGGUGGGGCUGAAGCAUCUGCAGUUACUGGAGGUGAAGGCUAGGGGGCGCUUCGGCUGUGUGUGGAAGGCCCAACUGAUGAGUGAAUAUGUGGCUGUGAAGAUCUUCCCUGUUCAGGACAAGCAGUCGUGGCAGAAAGAGAAAGAUAUCUUCCUGACUCCUGGUAUGAGACACGAGAACCUGCUCCGUUACAUCGCUGCAGAGAAACAUGGCAGCAACCUGGAGACUGAGUUCUGGCUCAUCAUGGAGUUCCACGAACGGGGUUCGUUGACUGACCACCUGAAGGGCAGUACAGUGACCUGGUGUGAAAUGUGUCAUAUUGCUGAGACCAUGUCCCGUGGUCUGGCUUACCUCCACGAAGACACACCCAUCAAGGCAGAAGGUUCCAAACCCACCAUCGCACACAGGGACUUUAAGAGUAAGAAUGUGAUGCUGAGGGAUGAUUUGACAGCAAUCAUUGGCGACUUUGGUCUGGCGGUCAGGUUUGAACCGGGGAAACCUCCAGGAGACACCCACGGACAGGUGGGUACGUGGCGAUACAUGGCCCCUGAGGUUCUAGAGGGGGCUAUAACCUUCCAGAGAGACUCCUUCCUGAGGAUCGAUAUGUACGCUAUGGGGUUGGUGCUGUGGGAACUGGUGUCACGAUGCACUGCCACAAACGGUACCGUAGGGGAGUACAUGCUACCGUUUGAGGAGGAGAUUGGCCAGCACACGUCUCUAGGGGACCUUCAGGAUGUGGUGGUUCACAAGAAGAUGAGACCGGUCUUCAAGGACACCUGGCUCAAACACCCUGGUCUGUCUCAGUUGUGUGAGACCAUAGAGGAGUGUUGGGACCAUGACGCCGAGGCUCGCCUCUCCGCCGGCUGUGUCGAGGAACGUGUCUCCCAGAUUGCCAAGACAACCGUCAGCACUACCUCAGACUGCCCCGUCUCCAUACUAACGUCAGUAACCGACGACGACGACCUACCUCCCAAAGAGUCCAGCACCUGAGUUCUGUGUUAUUAUGACAUCACGACUGUGACAUCAUCACGGAAGCGGAAGGAGCGACAGUUGAGUUGAAACCUCAUGCUUCUGACUUCUCUUUCCAGAAUUCCGCAGAUCUUUGAGAAAUGGUUUUUAAUCAACCUGAAUACGGCUGCUAUUUUUAUGUUCAUCUGUGUUUUUUGUUUAUUUUUUUAAUCAAGUCGGUUCUUCUCUUCCAUCCGUCUGCUGUAGUUUUCACUGCGAAACCACAAUGACAGAAAUAAGCUAUAUGAUGAGACAUUCACAGUCAAUACCUCAUGUUGUGUUUUAGUGUGUUUUUAAAUGAUUAUUACCUCACUCUGUCGUCUGGCAAAGAUGGCGUCCAGCCAAAUGAAACUAACCACACUCCAAACCUACCAUAGGAUACACACCACACAGUCUGAAUGAUACACUGUUGGUACACCCGUGUAUACACAAAACACACGCUAGAUAUACAUGUAACUGCCAAAAUAAAGGAAACACUUGAGUAAAUGAGGGAUACAAAGUAUAUUGAAAGCAGGUGC